UUGGCUACAUAAACCCGUCAUCGAGCACAAGUAGGGUUUUAAGGCAGAAGCAAAGCAUCGCAGAGGAAGCAAAGCGUGUCGAGAGAGAGAGAGAGAAUAUCUAAAGGCGAUGGCUUUUCUGAGUAAGUUGGGAAACAUAUUGAAGCAAACCAAUGCUAAGGGCUCUUUAUCAACAAGCCCUUCGCUUUUCCAGGCGAUAAGGUGCAUGUCGUCUUCUAAGCUCUUUAUUGGAGGUAUGGAAUAUGGCAUGAAUGAGGAUAGCUUAAGAGAGGCUUUCAGCAAAUACGGUGAAGUUGUCGAAACUAGAGUUAUUUUGGAUCGUGAGACUGGUAGGUCGAGGGGGUUUGGAUUUGUCACAUUCACCUCUACAGAGGCUGCCUCUAGUGCUAUCCAGGCUUUGGAUGGCCAGGAUCUCCAUGGCAGGAUUGUAAAAGUGAAUUAUGCACAUGAUAGAACAAGUGGCGGUGGCUAUGGAGGAGGAGGUGGUGGAGGUUAUGGCGGUGGUGGCGGCUAUGGAGGAGGUGCUGGUGGCUAUGGAGGUGGUGCUGGUGGAUAUGGUAGCGGGACUGGUGGCUAUGGUGGUGGAUAUGGUGCAAGCGGUGGCUAUGGUGGUGGAUAUGGUGCAAGCGGUGGCUAUGCAUCUAGGGGCGGCGGUUAUGGUGAAGGUUCGGCUGCAAAUGCAGGCGCUGUUGGUGGCUAUAAUGGAAGUAAUGGUUAUGGUGAAGGUUCAACCGCAAGUGCAGGUGAUGUUGGUGGCUACAAUGGAAGUAGUGGUUAUGCUACUGGCAAUACUUACGGUAGCAACAAUGGUGGAUUCGCUGGAGAGAACCAGUUUGGAGGAAACCCUGUUGGCAACAGCUCUCAGUUUGGUGUUGGCGGUGAGGCUCAGUUUGGAAGCAGCAUGGAGAAACCUGAGAUGAUGAAUGGACCAGUGGGAGAUUUCGAAGAUGACACUGAUGUUGCCAAAAGAGCUUGAAGCAACAUAUGUUGUCAAGACUUGUCUUUUGCAUAUUUUAUCCGAUAGAGAUUCUAUAGCUUUUCAUGAAUGAAAAACUUUAUCUAGAAACAAUCUGGUUUUUGCUAUCUUGAAAAUAAAUUUGUUGCUUGAUAUUGGCAUACAUUGAACUUAAACACAAAAUGUGCGCUUUGUUUUGAGGCUUUCAACUUUGCUUAUGUUCUGA